GCGUGCCCGGCCCCCGCCCUGCGCCCUCGCGCCCUAGCGCCCUCGCACCGGGGGCGGGCUCGCGGCGCGUGCCGGGCGGGGAAGCGGCGCGAGCCGGGUGCCUGAGAACGUUCGGCGCGGGGGCGGCUCCGGGGCCUGAGCGGGCGCCGCCACCGCCUCAGCCUCGGAGGCCGGGCCGGAGGAGGCGGAGGAGGCUGCGGCCGCCGGAGACCUUUUCGACGCCCCCAGCUCCGGCCGGGAAGAUGAUUGAGGAAAGUGGGAACAAGCGGAAGACCAUGGCAGAGAAGAGGCAGCUGUUCAUAGAAAUGCUCCAUCUUGUUGAUAUCUGGAACAUGAUUGAAGCCUUCCGAGACAAUGGCCUUAAUACACUGGACCAUACCACUGAGAUCAGUGUGUCUCGCCUCGAGACCGUCAUCUCAUCCAUCUACUACCAGCUGAACAAGCGCCUUCCUUCUACUCACCAAAUCAGUGUGGAACAGUCCAUCAGCCUCCUCCUCAACUUUAUGAUUGCUGCAUAUGACAGUGAGGGCCGAGGCAAGUUGACGGUAUUUUCAGUUAAAGCUAUGUUAGCAACCAUGUGUGGUGGAAAAAUGCUGGACAAAUUGAGAUAUGUUUUCUCCCAGAUGUCAGAUUCCAAUGGCUUAAUGAUAUUUGGCAAGUUUGACCAGUUUCUGAAGGAAGUUCUGAAGCUCCCAACAGCUGUGUUUGAAGGGCCAUCUUUUGGUUACACAGAACACUCAGUCCGCACCUGUUUUCCACAGCAGAAAAAGAUAAUGCUAAAUAUGUUUUUAGACACCAUGAUGGCCGAUCCUCCUCCCCAGUGCCUUGUCUGGCUACCUCUCAUGCAUCGGCUUGCCCACGUUGAGAAUGUCUUCCACCCUGUGGAGUGCUCCUAUUGCCGGUGUGAGAGUAUGAUGGGUUUCCGGUACCGAUGCCAGCAGUGCCACAACUACCAGCUCUGCCAAAAUUGCUUUUGGCGUGGCCAUGCCAAUGGCCCUCACAGCAACCAACACCAGAUGAAGGAGCAUUCCUCUUGGAAAUCCCCUGCAAAGAAGCUGAGCCAUGCAAUUAGUAAAUCCUUGGGGUGUGUACCCACCAGAGAACCUCCGCACCCUGUUUUUCCUGAACAACCAGAGAAACCACUUGACCUUGCAAAUAUAGUUCCUCCUCGCCCUCUGACGAAUGUGAAUGACACCAUGGUGAGCCACAUGUCCUCCGGGGCACCCACUCCCACCAAGAGGUUACAGUAUAGCCAGGAUAUACCCAGUCCCUUGGCUGAUGAGCAUGCGCUGAUAGCCUCCUUUGUGGCCCGUCUGCAGCACUGUGCACGUGUCCUGGACAGUCCUAGCCGACUGGAUGAGGAACACCGGCUUAUAGCUCGCUAUGCUGCCCGGCUGGCUGCAGAGGCAGGAAACAUGACCCGUCCUCCCACCGACUUGAGCUUUAACUUUGAUGCCAACAAACAACAAAGACAGCUUAUUGCAGAACUGGAAAACAAAAACAGAGAGAUCCUGCAGGAGAUUCAGCGUCUCCGUCUGGAGCAUGAGCAGGCUUCCCAGCCUACCCCGGAGAAGGCCCAGCAGAACCCCACACUGCUGGCGGAGCUGCGGCUGCUGAGGCAGAGGAAAGAUGAGCUGGAGCAGAGGAUGUCAGCGCUGCAGGAGAGCAGGCGGGAGCUGAUGCUGCAGCUGGAAGGGCUGAUGAAGCUGCUGAAGGAGGAAGAGCAAAAGCAGGCAGCUCAGGCCACAGGAUCGCCGCAUACGUCGCCCACUCACGGAGGCGGCCGCCCAAUGCCCAUGCCCGUGCGCUCCACCUCCGCCGGCUCCACACCCACCCACUGCCCUCAGGACCCGCUGAGCGGAGUCGGCGGGGACGUGCAGGAGGCCUUCGCCCAGGGUACGAGGAGAGACCUCCGCAAUGACCUGCUGGUGGCCGCUGACUCCAUCACCAGCACCAUGUCAUCCCUGGUGAAGGAGCUCCACUCAGCUGCUCUUCCCUUAGGCCCGCUCAGCUGUCUCGCUCCAGAACUUUCCUGGACGACUGGAACCGCGUCAGCUGCAAAAGCUUCUGGACUUCCUCCCGGCUGCCUUUCUGCUCUCUCCUAUCUGAUUUGGUUUUGAAACCCUAUUCUCUCUUUUUGUCCAUGACGAGGCUCUGAUUUCACUGGAAGUUCAUGACCUGAGUCUGUUGCUUCCUUCGUUCCUCAUGUUCAGUCUUAUCUAUGACUUCUUUCUCAGUGUCUGUCUCUUAGCUAUUUCAGUGAUUUUCCAGAGACCCUUACCUCAUGGCAUAUUUCCCCUUACAUAAUACCCAGGAAGGAGAGAAGAAAUAGAAGGCCAUUCCCAUAUCAGCAUGUCUUCAAGAAUCCCCAUGAUUACAUCAGUUUUGAAGCCGCCAGAUAUUUUGCUAAUCUUUCUUAUGGUGGUCAGAUUCCCGUGUUAUAUAUUAAACAAACAGAUUCCCUUCCUAAGUGCUGUGGGUCACUCAUACAGAUGGCCCUCUUUUGUGUCUUUCCACCUAAUGUAAUGCUUUUGGAUACCUUGAACUAGCUUAACAAGGUUAUUGAAUAAAAAUAUAAAGCAGGUUUUCCGUGAGCUAUUCAGACACAUGUACUUAUUCAAACACAAUACAUUGAAAUCAUCUGUGCAUGCGCUUAGGGAAGGCGAGCCUGUGUACUCCUUCAGACCUUUGUAGGAGAAAGCAUAUGCCUUUAGUGUUGUCAUGGGACCAGGCCAAGGUCUGGCCCACGGCUUCGCUCUCAGAUCUGCUGUUUUCAUUUAGAAGAGAAUAAGUGUGUGGCCUGUGUUGGUUUUUUCAGUACAGUUAAGAUGCCAGUUCUCCUGUUCAGGCAGCAUUACAGUAACACUGUCUCCAUUCUGGUACCAUUUCUCAAUCCCUUUUAGAAGCACUGUUCCCCUCCACACACACAUAAACAGAAGAGAUGACCACCUUUGAGAUGACCUCAUGGGUGCUUAGAAAGUCCCUUCCCUAAUAUAGCUCCCCACAGAUGCCAGAAAUCCCACUUCUGGAGGGAAUUUCUUAGGGGAUUUCAGGCCAUGGAAAUUAACCACACUCAUGCCUCAUGGCCACGUAUUAGGGUUUGUGCAAAAUGAGUGGUUCAUGAGCUCAUCACACUAGUUUGGGAGGUAACUAGACAUCAUUAAACACAAAGCACAUAGAGACCAAACAGCUUCAUAAUAAGUAAGGGUAUGGGGAUACUCAGCAAUCUUUCCUAGUAAGAAAGGAUAGUUUUAACAAAACCAUGUAAUGUAUUUGAAAGGUACCUUAGAGAUCACAUUGUCCACUCCCCUUACUUUAGAAAUGCAGUGAGUGAUUAUCAGAAAAGAGAUUUGCCUAAAGUUACACAGCUUGAAGGGGCAAAGCUGGUCCUAGAGCUUAGGUCUGAACAUUAAGCCGAUGCUCUUACCACCAUACUGUCCUUAUCCCCACACAGGACAAGGGCUCAUGUCUGCAAUCCCACAAGGGCCCCUUUCACUGAUGCUCCACUCUCCCAAGCCCUGAAGUCCCCGGUAGAUGUGGAUGGACUAGGCCCACACAUGGCACAGUAUCUCUGUCAAACACAGAGGUAAACUCCCUUUACGUGCAAGGCUGCCAGUUUCUCAGUGAGUGGAAGAGCCCAACACCAACAUGUUUUUUUGUGUGUUUUUUAAAAAUUUUUUUCAUUUAUUUUUUUGGCUGCGUUGGGUCUUCAUUGCUGCGUGCAGGCUUUCUCUAGCUGCAGCGAGCGGGGGCUACUCUUUGAUGCAGUGCGCGGGCUUCUCAUGGUGGUGGCUUCUCUUGUUGCAGAGUACGGGUUCUAGGCACGCAGGCUUCAGUAGUUGCUGUGCGUGGGCUCUAGGGCGGGCGGGCUUCGGUAGUUGCAGCAUGCGGGCUUAGUAGUUGUGGCUCGCAGGCUCUAGAGCACAGGCUCAGUAGUUGUGGCGCACGGGCUUAGUUGCUCCGCAGCAUGUGGGAUCUUUGUGGACCAGGGCUCGAACCCACGUCCCCUGCAUUGGCAGGCAGAUUCUUAACCACUGCGUCCUCAGGAAGUCCCCAACCUGUUUUUACCAUCACUGUUGAGAUUUUCAUGAGGAUGAGAUUGGGUGCUCAAAUUAUCUUCCAUGUAUUCUGUACAGCGUGGGCAUACUGUUUAUAUCCAUAGCUUGCCCUUCUCAUCUUUUCUGAAAUCUUUUCACAAAUGAUGGACUCUUAGAGUUGGAAAGGAUCUUGGAAGUCAUUUCAUCCAGCUUGCUGCCUGAUACAAAAGUUCUCUGUUUGAAUAUUUCCAGCGAGUUCGUUCAUGACCAGCUCUCCUCACUGGGAAGUUCUUCCUUAUCAGGGAGCCAAAAUCUUCCUUUCUACAGCGAAUUGAUCCUCAUUCCACCCUCUAAAGCCACCCAGAGUGAGCUCAGUCCCUCCUCUCAUGUUAGCCUUUCCAGUAUUUGGUGGUACAUCACGUGGCUCUCCCGCAGCCUCUCCUCUUCAGGCAGCCGUUCACAGUUCCUUCAGCCAUUCCUCACGUGACGUGGGUUUCACUUGGCCAUCCCGUGUGCCCAAGUGUUGCAAGGCCCUGGUUCAAAGUGAGUUUCCAGGGCUGAGAACGUCUCCACAUUGCAAGGGGUCUUCCCCCUGCUCCCCGCUCCGCCCCCAGCACAGUGAGCUCUGCCACCUCCCUGAACAGGCCCCAGGGAAAGUAACCUUAGAUGGCAUUAGCUUUUUUCCACACAGCCACUUUGCACUGUUCAGUCAUUUUAAGUUUGUCAUCAGCUAAAACCCGUUUUUUGUUUGUUUGUUUUGGUUUUUUUUAACGGAAGCCAGUGUUCAUCUAGGUAUUCCCUGCUGUACACUUUUAUGGUUGUUUUCUUGAACCUGAAUGCAAGGUAUUAGCCAUAUACCUAGUAGAUAUCAUCACCUUAGAGAAGCCAGCAAUAGAGCCAGAAGCUGGGUGGGUGACAUCAGACUGCACUGCUUCUCUGGGCUCAGGGCUUAUGGGGACAUGGUGCUGGGGCAUGGACCACACAGGGUGCAGACUAGGUGAUUUCAGCACCCUUGGAGGCCUGAAGCCAUGAGCUUUUAGCUAGGGUUUCAUCCCAAGCCUCCUAAGCUACUCAUUUCUCCCUCCUCCUAUGCUUCUACUGUGCUGAAGGGUCACUGGCCUCCUUGGACUU